AUGACGACUUCCUCGCCGGCGAUCGAGGAUCUGUUGACCGUGGUGCCGACUCCUGCCGUCGCCAUUUGCACGGGAGAUGCCGUCAGUGGCACCCCAACCGUGCGCCCACCGUCUCGGUGCUACAUGUCGUCCGUCGUGAAUGCCAACAUCAACUCGACGCUGCUGCGUCGCGACUGCAAUGCCACCGAGUGCUUCACAUGGCUUGUCCAGAACCAAGAGGAGCGAACCGCCCGGCGCAACUUGAAUUGCUUCAUGUACGACAUGGUGACGACGACGGCUUUCCCCCACAGCGACCUCAUCACGUUCUGCGCUGAAAAAUCCACUGCGACGAUCCCGACCACGACGUGGAUGCCGAGCACAGCGCUCGCUUCCGAUUCCUCCACUGUCGUGGGAGGAGCGAUUGGUGGAGGGGUCGUCGCGCUCGCUCUGGUUGUAGGUUUUGGUUGGUGGUGCCGCCAUCGUCGCCGCGCCGUGCGCGAACCCAAUCGCCCAAGUGUCGGUACCUUCCACGCUCUUGGGACGCCGCCUGUGCAACGACUGAACGCGAAAAACUCCAGCAGCGAUAACAUCACAGCCAACGACUCUUCCACGUCGGGUGCCAUUGAAGUCAAUUACACGUACGACGGCAUCGUGACGCAAGGACUUGCCCGAGAUCUCGAGCAACUGGAGCUGCAUCGGAUUCCGUUCGCCGACGUUUGCCUCGUCCAGCCACUGGCAGAAGGCGCAUUUGGCCAAGUGUGGCUCGGCAACUACAUGGGCCAACGCGUCGCGGUCAAGAAGCUCCUGCCUCGAAAAGCCACCACGGCCGACUUGAUGCAGUUCGUCAACGAAAUCAAGCUCGUCGCCAAGUUUGAUUGUCCGUACGUUGUGUCGUUUGUCGGGGCGGCUUGGCACAAACCGAUCGACAUGGUCCUCGUGACCGAGUUCAUGGACCGAGGCGACCUCCGCGGCGUGCUCCAGGCGAACGCAGCCAAGCCGUGUGCCGAGCUGACGUGGCACGACAAGGUCGAGUGUGCGCUCGGCAUCGCCGAAGGGCUCGUGUACCUCCACUCGAUGGACCCCGUCGUGAUCCACCGAGACCUCAAAUCGCGCAACGUCCUGCUCGACUCGGUCCGCGGCACGAAAAUCACCGACUUUGGCAUCGCCCGCGAAACGCACGACCAAACGCUGACGCUCAACGCCGGGACGUACCGGUGGAUGGCGCCAGAGGUCGUGCAAGAUGGCCACUACUCGCAGUCGGCCGACGUGUUUAGCUUUGGCGUGAUCCUGUCGGAGCUCGACACGGAGCAGCUGCCGUACGCGAACCAACGCAACGACCGCGGCAACCCGUUCACGGACUUGGGGUUGAUGGAGGCCGUGGCCAAGGGCCGCAUCCUCCCGUCGUUCACGUCUAGUUGUCCCGACUGGUUUCGGGAGCUCGGUCUGGCCUGCUUGUCCUUGGACCCGACGCUGCGGCCGUCGGCCACCCAAGUGUCGUAUGCGAUUCGAACGCAAUUGCAGAUCCAAGUCGCGGCAAGUAGCGACAAGGACCAAGCAUACGUAAGUUAAUAGGCAUGGAGAUGCCAUGGAGACGAGUGGUUUGUGCGCGUCCAUGAGGACCGAAGUGUAGCGCACACGUAAAUACGCGAAAUGUACAUGCCACGUGCGACGAAGUGGAUG